AUGCGCCCUACGCCUACGGAACCCAUUUGUGAAGCAUUGAAGGCCACACCCAACAAAGCAAAGCCUUACGGCCCGAAGGAGUACACGAGCAAAAUAAAUGCUGCCAGUGGUGCUGGGAGCACGUCACAUAUUUCAGGAGGAUCAAAGUGUCCACUCUGUCUCCACUACAUCAGCGAGUUCUGUCCGACCAAAUGUUUCAAGUUCUACCGGAACGAUACCGGCUUACCGGGAAUGUGGAAGAUAGCCGUUGAAGAUCGUUAUGACGAUCGGAGAUACCCCAAUAUGUCUGAUAAUGACAGAUUCUCGUCGUCCACCGAGAACAGCUUCCUUGUGGAAACAGCCGUCACUACACUGAAUGCUAUCAGCCCAAAGCUGAACUCCAACCUCAUAUUCCCCAAGCAGUCCAGCCAGUUAGACCUCACACCCCGUCUCAUCGCCUUUCAAGCCCUCCUCGAGAAAUUGUCAUGUGCUCAACUGAGCUCUCUAUAA